UUUUAUGGAUAAUAUAUGUAGCUAGGUGACCUGUAUUUAGAUUCAGAGAGAUCUGUGAAAACGAAAACGCCAAAGUAAAAGAGGACAUUGAUAAGCAUUCUAUUUCUUUGACAUUUCCCUUGUUUUCGCACCCUAUAUAAAUACAGUUUCCAGCAAUACCUUCUUUCCUUAUACUGGUACAUCUUUAUUUAACUUAUUAUAAUUAUUUUCCUUGUAACUAUGAAUAGUCUCAAAGAAUGGACGGACGAAGAAAUCACUCAAUACUUCCGACAAGCCUCAUACACAAUGACAUACAUGAGUAUUUGUCUGACGUGCACCAUAUGGCAAAUCCUUCACGCUGGAGCUCUCGUUUGGAAGACUCGAAAGUUCCUUCACGGAGCGGUGUUUUUUGAAACUAUUCUUUCGUUCUUCUCUAUACUGUGUAGCGUUCUCAACCCGCUCACAGAACUCAGCUGCGAACUGAGGUUUUGGGUGUCGAUUAUUUCAGUUAAUCUUGGUGGAUGUUGCAUCCAAAGCAUUCUAUUGUAUAAAGCAUAUAUUUGCUACGACCGUGCAAAAUCGCUCAUUAUUAUCGGUUCUAUCAUUAAUCUCGGUUAUGUCGCUCUAACAUUCCUGUAUGCAACGCUUGGACGGGUGCCAACGUACAAAGACUUCACAGGACACUGCUUGCUUAAUAAUUUGGAGUGGCCAGCGCUUGCGAAACUAGGUUUAGACAUUGCAAGUAACGCCUUUCUCUCUUUGGCCUUCCUACUGGUGAUCCAUAAACAUUACCGCAUUUUUGGUAACAGUCUUCACAAAUCACUCUUGUCAAGCGGCAUGUUAUUCUCGGUCGGUGUUAUUGCCUCCAACGUCAUUACCGCUAUUCUUAUUUCGUCAAGAGUGAUGGGCGGACUUUCUGCUGAUCUUUAUUCCUUUGACUGGGUGAUUACUGGCUAUUUACUCAUCAAACAGUUUAAGAUGGACAGAAAUAAGGAUGCGCCCUCUGACCAGGUAUCACAAACUAUGCAGAGUAAUGCAAGCACACUCUCACAUACAGACGGUGAACUUGGAUAUGGCGGCUUCUUGUCAAAUACAAUUUAUCCGCGGCGCGAUCAACUCUGCUUCAAUUGCCGAUCACUUGGAACCGAAGAAGUCAUCAUAGGUUCAAGGGACCAAGAUUCAGAAAAAUGAAAAAGCUCUUGCAUGCAAAGAAAGCAAGUCACUUCGAAACCCGAUCGAUUUCAGAUCGAUCGGCUCACCCAUAUACCCC